UUAUAUGCGCGCAUUGCUCGAUUUGCGCGGCAAAAAAAACGUUAUGUUGUUUUGGUUUUGAUGAUGACAGUUUGCGCAACACUUUUACCUUUGUUUUGUGUUUGCUUUGAAAUCUUGUCCAACAUAUUUUUCAUCGAUGAUAAUCUGAAAAAAUAAUGGAUUCUUCUCAAGAUUCUAUUAUUCUGCCACCAAUAAAUGAACCAAAAUGUGAAGAAUUAUUUGAUCAACUUUUUACUAAAAAUCAUGAUCAAAAUGAUCCAAAUGAUGAUGAACAUUUAAAUGUAAAAAAACCUAUACGAACAUAUGAAAAUGUCAAAUCAAAAAUUGUUCGAUUCUGCGAUGAUGAUAAUUACCAUGAAGAUAAUAGUGACAAUUACAGUGAAGAUGAUCAAGAAUCAUUGGAUGAAAAUCAUGUUCCAUUAUUCAAUGAAUUAGAUGAUAAACCAAAAAAAACGAAAAAGGUUAGAAAAAAGAAAUUGGCAUAUCCAAAUGUUUCGAAAGAUGCCGUACUCGAAGCAUUCCAGAAAGCUAUCGAAUCAAAAGAACUACCAGAUUUUGAUGAAAUUGAUAAAUUUCCAUUGGAAAUUCGAAUUGUUGAACAACAACAAGAAAAGAAACGGCAACGAAAAUCCGAACGACAACAACCAAUAAAAACACGAAAAUCGAUAAAGAAUCAGAAGAAACCUGUCUUGUCAAAGGUUGAUCAAAAUCAAGAAAAUGUUAACAACAAAAUCGAUAAAAUUCCUGUACGUCGAAGUAAUCGAAGUUCAAGAAAAUCAAACAUUUUGAUGGAACAAAAUCCAAACAAAACAAAAUCUUCAUCUACAAAUGAAGAACAAAGCUGUACCAAUGAUUUAUUUGUUUUGGAUGAAUCCUAUAUUUCUUGUAUUAGUUCAUCAUCUUCUCAUGGUAAAUCGGAUCAAAAUUCGGAAAAAUUAACCAAUAUCGAUGAUUUGACAUUUCGAAAAGCUUCUGCAAUCAAAAGCAGUACACCAUUCAGAUCAAUACGAAGUCGAACAUUGAGAAAACGAUUAGCUUCGAAACAUAAUUUUACACCAAAUUGAUUUAUUAUCAUCAUCAAAACAUGAAACCUUUUUUCUAUAAUUUUCUUUUAUCUACUUAUUAUUCCAUAACUUUUUUAUU